AGCACCAGAAAGAUGACACUCAGAACCUACUCAGGAAUUUGGAGUCUAACAUGCAGACCCCGUCGGAAACCGGCUCCCCAUCCCGGAGGAGGAAGAGAGAAGUGCCGACGUCCAAGGACGAGGAGGCUCUGGACGAAUGUGACCCGUCUUUCAACAGCAAUAUCACAGCAUUUGCACUGAAGGCAAAAGUCGUCUAUCCCAUCAAUCAGAAGUUCCGGCCUCUGGCCGACGGUUCGUCCAACCCAUCUCUGCACGAAAACUUAAAACAGGCAGUCUUGCCGAACCAGCCGGUGCGGGCGUCCCCUUCCAGCAGCCUGGGGAGCCUGAGCCAGGCUGAGAAGGACGACUGCAGCUCCUCGUCCAGCAUCCACUCAGCCACCAGCGACGACAGGUUCCUCGGCCGCACCUUCCUCCAGGCGAGCAGCUUCCCCGAGGCGCUGACCUGCGAGAGUGUGGACCUUGACUUGUGCAUCUACAACCUUCACUUGAAAGAUCUACUGCAUCUGGACGCGGCGCUGAGGCAGGAGAAGCACCUGCCUCCCCGCCCUGCUGGACAUAGUACCGGGAACAACCAUGCCGUUAUGGAGCCCACUGCCCAGGGGAGAGAUGGCAGUCAGCAGACAGCCCAGAAUGCCCAGAGGCAGAAUGUACGACACAGCAAGCGAUGGAGCACCGUGAGGAUGUUUAUUCAGAUUUUUAAAAUGUGCCUCCCUGACCUUCUUCCUAAAAAGAAGUCUGAUGAUGAAUUAUACCAGAAAAUUCUUUCAAGACAAGAAAAUGACUUGGAAGAAUUGGAAAAGAGACUUCAAGUCAGACUCUCAAACACGGAGAUGCUGGGGGCUGGUGACUCAGAAUACAUCACCCUGGCAGACGUGGAAAAGAAAGAGCGGGAAUAUUCUGAGCAGCUAAUAGAUAACAUGGAAGCUUUCUGGAAACAGAUGGAAAACAUCCAGCACUUUCUUGUGGACCAAUUGAAGUGUUCCAGCACCAAAGCCCGACAGCUCCUGACGACUCUGACAGAAAGAAUGAUUGCAGCCGAAGGGCUCUUGCGUGACUCCCAGGAUUUGCAGGCUCUGGACACCCUGGAGAGAACAAUGGGGCGGGCGCACAUGGCCAAAACCAUUGAGUUCCUGAAGCUGCAAAUCCAGGAAGAGACCAAGUGCCGGCUGGCCGCCAUCUCCCGCGGCCUGGAGCUGCUGGCCGUCGAGGGCAAGCUCUCGGGGCGACAGAAGGAGGAGCUGCUGACCCAGCAGCACAAGGCCUUCUGGGAGGAGGCCGAGCGCUUCCGCCGAGACUUUGUCCAGCGAGGCAAAGACCUGGUCAAGGCCUCCCUGGUUCACCAGGCGGAGAGGACAGAAAAGCUCAUGCUGGCUCAAGAGGAGGAACGGAGGUGCUUCCUGGCCGAGUCUCCGCGGACCGCCGACCCUGAGGAGUUCCUGCAGGCUUUUCACGAGGUCCUGGAGAGGCAGAGGCUGGAGUGGAGUGGCCUGGAGGAGGACGAGAACGUCAGAGCUACGGAGGCCGCGGCCGCGCUCUGCCAGGAGCUGUACCGCAGCACCAUGGAAACGUUCCAGAAGUUCAUGGACGCCCUGUUCCUUCAGACGCUCCCCCAUGUGACCAACCUCUCCCAGGCGGAGUGUGAAUACCUGAGGCAGGAGGCCCAGGAGAACGCCGCCCGGCAGCUGGGGAAGUCGGAUCGCUUCCGGAAUCAGCAGUGGAAACUCUUCCAGGACCUCCUGGAGCAAGAGAAGCAGGUGUGGAUGGAGGAGCACACACUGUCCACUGUGCUGCAGGCACACCUGCGGGACGACCAUGAGAGCAUCAUCCACCGAGUCUUGGGCCACCUUGGCGGCCUCAGUGAAGAGUCCACGCAGUGCAUCCUGCAGGGGCAUGAGCUGCUCCUGCGCUCAGCAAUCCGGCGGCUGGCUCUCCGCGGCAGCACCAUCACCACCCUGACCCAGAUGAGACUGUCCGGGAAGAAGACCCUUCUCCAGGAGCUGCGUGAACAGCACGCCCUGGAGCAGGGCUCCUCCCAGUGUCUGGACGAGCAUCAGUGGCAGCUGCUCAGAGCUUUGGAGGCGCGCAUCCUGGAGGAGGCCAGCCGGCUGGAGGAGGAGGCGCAGCAGGUGCGGCUGCAGCUUCAGCAGCAGCUCGUGGCCGAGGCCCAGGGGGUCGGGCAACUCCUGCAGCAGCACACAGAGCAAGCCAUCGGGCAGGCGCUGCUGGGGCACGCGAGGACCACGGCAUCCAGGAGCCGGGCCAAGGACACGGAUGGCUUCAAGGGAACACUGAUGGAGGCGGCGGCCGAGAGCGUCUACGUGACCAGCGCGGGCGUCGGCCAGCUCGUGCACGCAUAUUACCAGCAGAUUGGGAGGGCCAUGCAGGACCACGAGGAGAGGAAGCUGCAGCAUCUGAAGACCCUACAGGGGGAGAGGAUGGAAAAUUACAAGCUGCAGAAGAAGCAAGAACUCGGCAACGCUUCCUCAGGGGGCCAGAUGGCAGGUGGAGCUCAGGGAGCCUCUGGAGCCGUGCAUCGGAGGAUGCUGGCGCAGCAGAAAGGGUUCCUGGCCCAGUUCACGGUGCACCAGCGGAUCCGCCUGGACGCCCGGAAGCAGGAGGCGAGGCUUUUGGACCGUCUGGAAGCCCAGCUUGAGACCCAGCUACAGGAAGCUGAGCAGAGCUUCAUCUCAGAGCUGGCGGCCUUGGCCCGGGUGCCCCUUGCCGAGAGCAAACCAUUUGCAAACAAGCGCGGAUUGUCAGAGAAACCCCUAAAGACCAAAAGGAGGAAGCCAGCAUCCCGGGAGAGAGGGGACGCUGGAGGGCCCAAGGACGAGGACCCUGCAUGCACAGGACCCCACUCAGGAUCACUCAGCAGCAAAAGGCUCAGCCAGCAAGAAAGUGCAGUUGGGGAUGGUGAAAAUUCCAAGAAGAUGCUGAAGAGAAGAAGCAAUUUGUAGCUCACGGCUGGUAGGGGAGUGGAACCUGGAGACUGAGUCUGAAUGCCGGCUGCCCCUCCCCCAGGUGGUGAAGGCAAACCUGGCCACCCUGGGGGAUGGUGGGGUCUCCCCUCUGCGCACGGGCUUGUUGUGCAGGAUGGAGAAUGGAUAUAAAAGUCCGAAAAAAGGCAUAAAUGAGUGUGGCGGACCCUCCCGCCUGUGUCAGUUAUAAACCACCAUGUUGGAAACAGGCCUUUUCCAGUUUUGUGUCUCCUUGGCUUCGUGACAUGGCUCUGUCCCUUGGGGACCCCCCUCCUUCCUGGCUCUCUGUAGCACUGCCCCUCCCACUUGCACCCGAACCUGCCCCCCGAGAGCGUGACGUCGUCUCAUUCCCGCCACGGGGCCUCCACUCCCCAGCCUCCGGGUGAAGUUCUGCGGGAAGUGAAGGGGUCUCCAGGUGUUGCUGGUGUUUUCUGGGCCCAAGAUCCUUUCUCUUCCAUUUCCAUCACCUCCUUUCUCUCUGUCCUGUGACCACUGGCUGCAUGAAUUCUCAUCAGGACCUAUUCCUUUCUUGGGCUCAGCCAGCAGCUAAGGCCUGGUCAUGACGUGAGAAUCUGAGUCUCAGGGCCCCACGAUCCUGACCUAGACCAUGGAAUCCCUGACCUGCAGGCCUGUCCUCACCCACCCUGGGGACCUGAGGACCCACAGAGACGUAAUGACACCUGCAGCUGUGUCUUCUGUUGGAGACAAAGUGCCAGGAAGGAGGCCCUGCCCAGCCCUUGGACUCCCCUGGAGGGAUGAGUUCUUCUGCCAGACAGCAGCCCCCCGACCCCGCGGGAGAAAUGCUUGUCCCCUGGAUGGUGACGAUAUCCAGAAGCUUCCAGAUCAGCCACUGUCAGGAGAGGCCCUUCCCACCUGGAAGGAAAAUGACUUGUUUCACUGAAAUCAAGGAUUGUCAUUCUCAGGGCUGAACAUCUUGAGUGUGACAACUCUCUGUCUGGGGGGGGGGUGGGGCCAUCCUGUGCAUUAUGGGAUGUUCAGCAGCGUCCCUGGCCUCUCCCACCAGAUGCCGGGAGCACUCCCCCCAGUGCCCCAAAAUGUUGUGACAACCAAAAAUGCCUCAGACACUGUCAGAUGUUCCUUCAGGGGCACCACCCAUGGAUCUGAGUCGAAGUGUGCCGGCCCAGGGAAGGUCUGGGAUGGAAGCUCAGUGUUCCCACGAAUUGCUGCUCACGGAGGGGGCACCUGGUUCUGGGAGCCCCUGUUUCAGGGAUUUUCUGGGCCAUCUGUGAUCUGCAUUUUUAUUUUUUAAAGCUUAGAUUAAAUUCUCUUUAGUCAGGAAA